UCCCUCGGCAGAAUUGGAUGGAGCCAUUCAAACCCAAACAUCAUCUUUCGAGAGUGACAAAGUCUUCAGGAGUGCGCUACCCUCGACGGAACGGAGUCAAAUUGACCCGACGCAAAAUCCAUUUCUAUGAUGCAAGGACGAGGAGUCACCAAUUUUUCGGGAGAUAAGCCUUCUCACGGAUACACAACGUCAACAACCGAAUUUGACGAUGAGCUCAUAAAGCGAGGCAUCGUCACGACGGAGCAAGCCAUGAUGGCCAAGGGUGCUUCUUUGGAGGAGGCGUUUCGGUUGGCGGAAGAAAAGAGAAGCGGGAGGGAUAGUAUUGUCCACAAGCGAAACAGCAACGAAAACAAUGCAGAGAGCCAACAAACCGACAAUGGGGACACCAACAGCGACGUCAGUGACGACGACGACGACUUUGAUUUCGACGACGACGAUGGUUUUAUGGAACGCUAUCGGCGGGAGCGAAUCGAGCAACUCCAAAAGGAACACGAAACAAAACGGUCGAGCGAACUGAUGCUCCGUUCCAACAACCCCUCCUCGCAGAUUCUCCACAUUGCCCGCGAAGAAUGGAAAGAAGAGGUGAACGAGGCGUCCAUGGGCAAUCGAUGGGUGAUCAUCACCAUGGUGGAAGCCUCGGGAGACCGACGGGAUCGCGUGGUUCAGGAGCUGCACAAGGUGGCCCGGGAGUUUUUCCCGGAACGGCUUCCGGAACGGAAUCUCGACGACGGCGACGGCGAUGGCGGGUUUGGGAAUUCUCCUUCCGCCAGGUUGCUCACCAUUGACGCUUCCGAGGCCAUUCCAAACUGGCCGGAAGAACGCGUUCCCGCCAUGUUUGCCUAUCGAAACGGCGUAAAGCAACACGAAUGGAUCGCGAGCAGGAGGGGCGAAUUUCCUUCAAGGGACAUACUGGAAGAACUCUUUCGACAAUGGAAUCUUAUAUAAUUAAGGACACAAAUUGUGCA